AUGUUAUUUCAUGUAUCAGAAAUACUUCUAAAUGUUAGAAAACAUAGGUUGAAGAAAAAAAUAGAAAACCAAAUAGGUGAAGAUCAAUUUAGAUUUAGGUAUGAAAGAGGGACAAGAGAAGCGAUACUAGCACUACAUCAAAUUUUUAAUGGAAGAAUAGAUGUAAAUAGAAAUGCAUAUGCUAAUUUCAUAGAUGAAAAUAAAGUAAAUGGGAGGUGUUUAUUUAAAACGUUGAAUGAUAAUGGAAUUGAGUGGAGAGAUGGAAGACUUAUUUUAAAACUAUAUAAAAUUCAGACUAUUAUUGAUAUUAACAGAACAAAACAAUCUAAAAUUAGAAAAGGAGUCAGGCAAGGAUGCCCACUAGCACCAUAUUUAUUUAAUAUCUUCAUUGAAGCAUCAAUAAAUGAAUUCAAAAUUAAGAGAAGAAUAAAGAUCAAUGGACAAAGGGUCCACAGCAUACUAUUUGCAGAUGACAUUGUAAUGUUAGCCGAGUCUCAAAAUAUGAAUAAAAUGUUCAACACCUUGGCAGAUAUAAUUGUUAAGUACUAACUAAAGAUCAACGAACAAAAGACAAAAACAAUGUUGAUAUGUAAGAUAAAUAACAAUAUACGAACAACAAUACCAAUAUGCGAAUCAAUCUGAUACAGCAAGUUAAUGACUUUUGCUAUCUAGGAAGCUUAAUUUGAAUAGAAACCAAUUAGCAGCGGACAUAAAGAAAAUAAUAACCCUCGCCAAACAAGCUUUCCUUAAGAAGUAUAAUAAACUUAACUUAUUAAUAGGUACUUCAAACUUGAAACUCGUAAAAAGUUUAUUAGAACUUUUAUAUGGAGUUUCUUAUGUUAUGGUUGUGAGACAUGAACAAUAACACAGAAAGAUAAAAACAAUCUGCAAGCAAUGGAGAUGUGGAAGAUGACUAAGACUAAUGGAUGGAACGAAAAUCAAAUGAAAGAAUUCUAGUAGAAAUAGGAGAGAAAAGAAGUCUAGUGAUUAACAUAAUGGAAAGGUAAAUAAAAUUUAUUGUGUAUUUUAUUUGUUGCAAUAAUUUUCUUAAUAUAUUUGAAGGAAGAAUAAUGGGACGAAGACCAAAAGGAACAUCUAGAACAAAUUAUUUCCAUGAUAUAAAAGAAAAGAUGGGCGGUGUAUCUUACCAACAACUAAAGGAAGCAGCAAAAGACAGACACAUGGCUAACUCCACAAGGUGUUGCCUUUAG